AUGACCUCGAUCGUAUCGCUGCCCAUGCGCCGACUCCUCCGCUCCUCGCCGUUAGAUCAGCUCGCGCCGCGCUCCUAUAAGAAUUCGUCGUCACCCUCCUCGAUGGCAACACCAGAUCGCGUCAGUCUAAGCAGCGGCUCGUCGCUCAUUGGCCAGUCGCUCGGCACAGUCGACUCCCCCAGUGGCUCCCCGCGUCGCUCUUUCAGCGCCGAGCGCCCGCCAGUCGCGUCGCGCCACGGGCAGGCGUCGCCCGCGCGGGCGCGCGCCGUGCUACAGUCGCAGUCGGACAGCGAGGGAGGCGCGAAUGGGAACGGGACAGGUGUCCCGCUGCGAGUGGCGUACCAGGGCGUGCCGGGCGCGUACAGCGAGAUGGCGGCGAUGCGUGUGUACCCGGGGUGCUCCCCCGUACCCUGCGACCAGUUCGACGACGCCUUCAAAGCGGUGGAGCAGUGGCUGGUGGGGCGCGCGGUGCUGCCGAUAGAGAACAGCCUUGGGGGGUCGAUCCACCGCAACUACGACCUGCUGCUGCGCCACCGCCUGCACAUCGUGGGCGAGGUGCACCUGCCCGUGCACCACUGCCUGCUCGCGCUGCCCGGCACGCACACCACCCAGCUCACGCGCGUGCUCUCACAUCCCCAGGCGUUGGCGCAGUGCGAGGCGACGCUGAAUGGGUUGGGAGUGGUGCAGGAAGCCGUCUACGACACGGCUGGGGCUGCUCAGAUGGUGGCGAAUCAGAAGAUGGAGGGCGUGGGGGCAGUGGCGAGCACGCGGGCGGCGGAGAUCUACGGCCUUGAGAUCCUGGCGGAGGGCAUUCAGGACGAGGCGGACAACUUCACACGCUUCCUGGCGCUGGCGAGGGACCCCGUGCUGCCCUCCACCGACCGCCCCUUCAAGACGAGCAUAGUGUUCACAUUGGAGAAGGGCGCGGGAGUGCUCUUCAAGGCGCUCUCCGUCUUCGCCCUCCGCGACAUCAACCUUACUAAGAUAGAGUCGCGGCCGCACAGGGACAAGCCGCUCUAUGUGGACUGGUUGGAUCGCUCCUCCCUCGCUGCGCCCGCCAUGCCCCUCUCAGACACCCCUGCCGCCGCCUCUCAAGACAGCAGCGCCAUGGCGUACCAGUCGUUCGACUACCUGUUCUACAUCGACUUCCAGGCAUCCCUCGCCGAGCCCCGCGUGCAGAACGCCAUGCGCCACCUCCAGGUCUGCCCUGCCUCCUCCUGCGCCUCACGCGAUCCCUCCUGGCCUCCUCUCCCUCCUGGCCUCCUCUCCCUCCUGGCCUCCUCUCCCUCCUGGCCUCCUCUCCCUCUCCUCAUUUCCGCCUUCUAUCCCAUGGACGUCAACCCCAUGGACGUCAACCCCAUGGACGUCAACCCCAUGGACGUCAACCCCAUGGACGUCAACCCCAUGGACGUCAACCCCAUGGACGUCAACCCCAUGGACGUCAACCCCAUGGACGUCAACCCCAUGGACGUCAACCCCAUGGACGUCAACCCCAUGGACGUCAACCCCAUGGACGUCAGCCCCAUGGACGUCAACCCCAUGGACGUCAACCCCAUGGACGUCAACCCCAUGGACUACUCCCCUCCGCCCCACCCUCCAGCCUCUGAGGAAGCUCGAGGUGCCUCAGGCCAGACGUGGCUGUUGAUCCCGCUCACUGCACUCACUCUGCGCCCUGCUCACGUGUGUGUCCCCCCCCCACCCCAUCAGGAGAUGGCGCCAUUCCUGCGAGUGCUGGGCAGCUACCCCAUGGACGUCAACCCCAUGGAGCCCCCCUCCUCCUCCACACCCUCACCACCCGCCACCCUCUGA